AUGGAUACUGAUUUAGCUUAUUGUCUUGAAAGAUUCAUUGAUGAUCAGAUAGAAUUAAUAGAUCAAAAUUUGGAAACCAUCGAACAAAAUGAAGCUCAUGAAUAUGCCAAAAUAGACGAAUUAAUGUUAUCAGAAAACCCGACAACAACAGCAACAACAACAGAAGCAACUCCAAUAAGCCAAAGUACACAUGAAGAAGACGCAGCCAUUGUUCAACGUUUCGUUAGCGAUCUACUUGAUACUGUAAAUAAUGAUAGUGCUGCAAGUAGUCCGAAUGAUUUAAAAGAUUCUUUAGAUGAAUUACGUUCGGAACUCACAAAACAGAUAGAUGAAUGCAUGGAGUUUAUAGUUCGAAUUCGCAAAUUAGCUAGACCUAUACUUGGUUCGACUAAUUUCGUGACACAAUGUAGAGAAUUUACCAAUCGAUUAAGUGCGGAAAAGAAAUCUGAAAAAAAUUUUACAGAUUUAUGUCAAAUUAUAGAAACAAGUGAUUUUCGUAGUGUUGUUGAAAAUAUUCAAAAUUGGUGGAAAGAAACAUACGGGUCUUCUAUAAAUGAAAUUAUUCAUUUAAAUAAACGAUAUAAUCCUGGUAUUAACAAUAACGAUAUGGUUAUUUUACCACCACGAUGUUCAAUAAUAUUAUGUGCAAAAAGAAUUAUCUCGAUUCGUAAUAUGGAAUCAAACGCUGAUUCACGAAAGCAUGAUAUUGUAUGUGAAUUCGUUCGAGAAAUUCAAUCGAUUGAUGAUAUCAAUAGACAAGAAAUCAGUGCUGAUGAUCUCAUUGUACAACUGGAUAACUGUGAUAUUAAUAGUGCUAUUGAAUUUGCAAAUAAUUGGUUGAGUAAACGAGACGCUAUUCGUGAUAAACAAAAAGAAGAAGAACAAUAUGAAAAAGCACGGCGAGAAGUGAAGGCUGAAUUCAAUCGACAACGCAUAGCUCAAGACGCUAAGAAAUUAGCUUUAGCGGCUCUUCUACGACGAUUAGCUAUUGGAUCAACAAAUACUAAUCAAUUCGAUGAAAAAUUGAAAGCGACAGUGGAUAAUCAAAAGGAGAAAGGACAUAUUCCCAUCAUUACGGGAGAUAUCAGAGAACCAAGUGCUCUUCUUAUUCCUGAUGGAAACAUACGUAUCACUAGAGUAGAAUCAGGAUCUGUAAUUGUGAUUGGAUAUGUAAUGCCACCAUAUGGCAAGAAUGUUAUUGAAGGAUUGAAUGGAAAUGCUCGGGAUUCUGCAGCACGUAUUGAAGCAGUACGUCAAAGUUGUUCAAGUUACAAUGGACAAGUCGAGUCGAUAACUCUCGGUGAUUUUGGAUUAUCAAUUGAUCAUAAACUUAUGGAUCCUGCAUGGAAUCGUAAAUAUCUUUGGUCUCCUGAAGAUCCCGAAAAAGGAGAAUAUUGGAAACGGUCACUAAAUAGAGGUGGUAGACCAUAUUUUUGUCCAUCAGAAGAAAUUGCUUUAACUGAUUUAACUGAUCUUGCAACAAGUCCUCGAGACGAAGCUCGUGAAGCAUCUUCUGUAUCUCAAACUAUGCCUCUUGUUAAUCCAUUAAAUAGUGUCCAUAUUUAUAUCGUCAAACAAAAAAGACAAGCUUUUUUUUGUUUAAUGUUUUAA